AUGAGUGCGAACGGCAACAGCAGUGGUGAAGGCGGCGCCGUUGGAGCGGAGAAGAUCAACACAGACAUUGUGACACUUACCAGGUUCCUUACUGAAGAGCAGACGAAGCACAAAGAGGCUACCGGAGACUUCACGCUUCUGUGCCAUGCCCUCCAAUUCUCCUUCAAGAGCAUCGCAUACUACAUCCGACGGUCCACACUCAUCAAUCUCACGGGUCUCGCUGGCUCCUCAAACACAACAGGGGACGACCAGAAGAAGCUCGAUGUCAUCGGUAACGACCUCUUCAUAGCCGCGAUGAAGAGCUCAGGAAGAGUGAAGUGUAUGGUUUCCGAGGAAGAAGAGGACCUGAUCGUCUUCGAAGAACACCCCAAUGCCCGAUACGCCGUGGUCUGCGACCCUAUUGACGGUUCCUCGAACCUCGACGCCGGUGUCUCGGUCGGUACCAUCUUCGGCGUCUUCAAGCUGCCCAGAGACGCAAAGGGCGUCAAGGAAGAUCUGCUCAGGCCGGGAACGGACCUGGUGGCCAGCGGCUUCACCAUGUACGGCGCGUCGACCCAGCUCGUCAUCACGAUGAGGGGCGGUACUGUGAACGGCUUCACAAUGGACAACGCGCUAGGCGAGUUCAUCUUGACUCAUCCGAACAUGCGGAUGCCGAAGAAGCGGGCCAUCUACUCCGUGAACGAGGGCAACAGCCUGUACUGGGAAGAGCCGGUGAAGGAGUACAUCAACAGCUUGAAGUACCCCGAGAAGGAUGGCGGCAAGCCUUACAGUGCUAGAUACAUCGGGUCGAUGGUCGCAGAUGCGUACAGGACCCUGCUGUAUGGAGGCAUAUUCGCGUACCCGGCGGACAAGAAGAGCACCAAGGGCAAGCUACGGAUUCUGUACGAGUGUGCCCCCAUGGCCUUGGUCUUUGAGAAUGCUGGCGGCCAAGCCGUCAACAGCAAGAUGGAGAGACUGAUAGAAGUUGUACCCGAGCAUAUCCAUGACAGGUCCGGCGUGUUCUUGGGAAGCUAUGACGAAGUGCAGAAGGUCAUUGACAUCCACAAGAAAUACGCUAAAUGA